AUGGGCAGCUCCAACACCACCAACCCGACGGUUUUCUCUGGCAUCGCGGCCGCCGACGACGUGAAGGAACCAUUCCGGCCGCUUAAGCCCGAGGACGUCCGAUCUUACCUUCACGAGGCUGUGGACUUCAUCUGCGACUACUACACCACCGUGGAGUCCAUGCCAGUUCUUCCCGACGUCAAGCCGGGGUACCUGCAGCACGAGUUCAUGGCGUCCCCGCCAACCUAUCCCGCAGCGUUCCACGUCACCAUGAAGGAGCUCAAGGCCUCCAUCAUCCCUGGCAUGACGCACUGGGCCAGCCCAAACUUCUUCGCUUUCUUCCCGGCCACCAACAGCGCCGCCGCCAUCGCCGGAGACCUCAUCGCCUCCGCCAUGAAUACUGUCGGCUUCACGUGGCAGGCUGCCCCCGCAGCAACUGAGUUGGAGGUACUCGCGCUUAACUGGCUCGCGCAUCUCCUUCACCUGCCCGCCACCUUCAUGAGCCACACGGCCACCGGCGACCGUGGGACUGGUGGCGCCGUCAUCCUCGGUACCACCAGCGAGGCAAUGCUGGUAACGCUCGUCGCCGCGCGUGACGCCGCGCUGCGUCGGAGCCGAUCUGUGAGAGUGUUUGGCACGUCGGGUCUGGUUGUCUACGCCGGGGACCAGACCCACUCCACCUUCUUCAAGGCAUGCCGCCUCGCCGGUUUCGACCCCGCCAACAUCCGUUCGAUCCCCGCCGGCCCAGAGACCCACUACGCACUGGACCCGGCGAAGCUGCUCGAGGCCAUGCAGGCUGACGUCGACGCCGGCCUCGUGCCAACGUACGUUUGCGCCACGGUGGGCACCACAUCUUCCAAUGCUGUCGACCCGGUGGGGGCCGUCGCCGACAUUGCUGCAUCCUUUGGCGCUUGGGUCCACGUCGACGCCGCCUAUGCUGGCAGCGCCUGCAUCUGCCCGGAGUUCCGCCACCACCUCGAUGGUGUCGAGUGCGUGGACUCCAUCAGCGUCAGUCCGCACAAGUGGCUUCUCACCUGCCUCGACUGCACCUGCCUCUAUGUCCGUGACGCCCACCGCCUAAGCGACUCCAUGGAGACAAACCCGGAGUACCUCAAGAACGAUGCUACCGACUCCGACGAGGUCACUGAUCUCAAGGACAUGCAGGUCGGCUUGGGCCGACGAUUUCGUGGGCUCAAGCUGUGA